UCACCAAACCGAACAUUUCAUUACAUUACACAUACCGACCCACCCCUCAAAUCUUUCAUCCUCUUCAUUCUCAUCAAUCACAUCAGAAAAAUCUAGAACCUCAUACUUAACAUCCACCACCAAUUAACUACUGCCAUUAUUUUUCUUUUAUCCCCUCAUCACUCACCACACUCUACAAUUUAUCAUUUUUAUUCAUUCUUUUUCUCUUUUUCAUUUUUAUAUUUUAUAUCUCCCAUUAAGCAAUCUCACCUACACCCACCUCUAUAUAUCUAUACAACUCUUCUUCCUUUCUAGUCAACUCAAUUCAAUCCUUCUUUUUCUUCAACAAAUGACUUCUCUUUCACAGGGUCUUGUUUUCACUACAGCUAUGCUUGUAUCAAGCACCAUGCUUUAUCUAGCUUUUUCCAAACACAAGAUUAACCCAUCAUUUCAAAUUCUUGGAAGUCACGUCUCUCAUGACCCUCACACACAAAUUUUGCGCUCUUGUUUAUAUUCAGAGGAAAAGAAGAGGGAGAGAAAAAUGAAUUCAAAGAAGAAUAAGAAGAAAGUUAGAUUUGAAGAAAGUGUGAAGGAAUCAAGAGAAAAGAGUGAGGUAGCAAAGAAAGAGAAACAGAGGAAACGAAACAGAGUACAUAGCAACUGCAGAAGUGAAGCAACAAAAACUCGUGGAAUUCCUGCAAAUAGAAUGGCUUUGUAUAACGGUAUUUUGAGGGAUCGUGUGCAUAGGAUUGAGUGAUUAUCGUUGAAUGAAACUUGGGAAAGAGGAAAUUCAAUGAAGCAGUGUAUUUUAUCUAUCUUGCUCUGUUUUUCCUCUGUUUUUGUGUUUUUCUUUGAGUGGUUCUGAAUUCUCUAGUUUAGUUUUGUGGUGAGGGUAUUUACACAUACACAACUGUUGUGUGGUUGUAGUAGUGUGGGGACAUGUUGACCACAACUAGAUUUGACAUUAUGAUCCAACUCAUCACUAGUUAUUUAAUUUGUGAUGAAAAUAUUAAUAUUAAUAUUAAUAUAGUGAAUGAUAUUUUGUGAUAAACUAAAUAAAGUGGUUAAGAAGCGGUGGUUAGCAUCCUUGACUGAACCUUGUCCA